UGCAGGUACUGAACUCUUCAGCGCCAGCUCGGCCUGGAAACUCGCGAGGGUUCAGCUUUGCUGCUUUCGUUCGCCUCGCUCCCUCAAGAGCGACUUGAGGAGUUGGCCGAGUCCUUGGAGUGGAGGGGCAGAGCCGCGUUACGCGUGAGGGAAGGUGCUUUACAAAGGGGAGAAGUGGCCACACUGCGGGGAAGGACAUCGGGUCUGGUCCUACCCCGGCCCGGGGCGAGUUGUUUCUGGUGUUCUUGUGAAGUAGGUUGACCAGGAGAACUGCUGCUUUUUUUUUUUUUUUUUUUUUUUUUUUAACUGUGUCUUUACUGGCAGCGUUAGCGUUAAGUUUCCGUAGGUCGGUCGGAAAUGGCGAGCAGCAAUGGCUGCUUUGAUGGUGCUGCAGUUCUCGCCUUGGACCCCGCACCUGAGAGGGUUUUGCCACGCGAGGUUCUCAGACAUAAUAUUUCAAAGGGUCUCUCCGAGCCUGUGACUACAAGGCUGAAUCUUCCCCGUGCUAUGAGGUGCAGUGAACCAGGGGUGAUGAAAAAUCCUGGAACUUUUCUUUUUAAAGGGGCAGACACCACCACGUUUUCAGCCCUUCCCUCACAGGAGGAGCUGGGUUUCAUUGAAAGAUACAAACAGGGAGUAAUAAACUCAGUAUCUGCCUUGCAUCUGUUUGCCAAAAUGCACCACCUGAAGCUUGAAUUGAAAGAGACCAGCGUGGCAGGUGAUAUCAUAAGGCCUUAUUUUGCCUUUUGUGCUGUGAUAAAUGGUGUUUGCUACAAGACUGGGCUGGGAAAGAACAAGAAGGAGUCUAAAUUAAAUGCAGCUAAACUGGCUCUUGCUGAACUACUUAACUUGGAGAAUACAGGGGCAAAGUCUUUUGAAGAUUCAGAUUUUUGCUGUGUUCCUGCUGAACUCCGACCUCCAGCAAACUCUGCUUGUGCUUCAAGGACUGGAGGAGAACAUACCUUUCAAAAGCUCUCACAAACACUUGAGGAAGUGUUCAACCGCCUGACUACUCAACACCCCGAGUACCACAGCUGUGGCAGCUCCCUGGCUGCUUUCAUCAUUGAAAAGGGUGGGCAGCAUGAAGUGGUAGCUCUGGGGACUGGAGAAUGCAACUACAGCCGGAGCUUCGAGUCCUGUGGGAGGCUCUUGCACGACAGCCAUGCCAUUGUCACUGCCAGGCGUUCCCUGCUCAGAUAUUUGUAUCGGCAUCUUUUGCUGUUCUAUAACAAAAAUCCAGCCAAGGCAGAGAGAUCCAUAUUUUGCACAGCACCAGGCUCGCAGCUGCUUACCUUAAAGCAAAAUAUAACUCUCUCACUCUACAUGAACCAGCUUCCCAAAGGAACUGCUCAGUUAAAAUCAGAGAUGCAUCUCGGUCCUCAGUCUAUAUCUGCUUUCGAAGCCAGUGAAGAGCUGAGUCUUCACGUUGCUCUAGAAGGCAGGAUUUACCUGGCUGCUUGCUGUCCCCCCAAGACUGUCAGAGUGAGCAGCAUGUCAGCUGGUGACAAACUGACCAAGUGGGAAGUGGUUGGUCUUCAGGGAGCCUUGCUGAGCCAUUUCAUUGAGCCCGUGUACAUCAGCAACAUUCUUGUGGGAAAUGGAAGUUGUAAGGAUACAAAAGGACUGGACAUAACCAUAAAGCAGCGCCUUGAUGAUGAACUUAUUUCAAAGCUUCCCGUGCCUUACCUGGUCAACAGAUCUCAUUUUUACUUGGUGAAAGCUGCACUGCCAAUCCAAACAGAUUUGAACCAGUGGUCACUUAGUUUGAAUUGGACAUUGUCAGAUGCAUCCCUGGAGGUAGUGGAUGGAUUAAGUGGGAAAACCACUGAAAGCUCCCCGUUCCGCAGCGGCUCCUGCCUGGCCAGCCGCCUGUGCAAGGCUGCCAUGUUCAGCCGCUUCAGGAUGCUCUCCAGGGAAGCAGGACGGGGUGAUCUGCUCCAGUUUGCAACUUACCACGAGGCAAAGAUUAAAUCUGUCUUGUAUCAAGAAGCUAAAAGCUUGCUGCAGAGCUACUUAGAGCAGCACAGCUAUGGAUCAUGGAUUGUGAAGUCUCUACAUAUUGAGCAGUUCAGUGAUUGAUGGAGCUGGAUUGAAUGUUAAAUCAGUUUGAAUGAUCUGUUUCAGUAAAUAUAGUUCUGAGUAGUAAAAUGUUCAACUUUAAGUUCUAAGUUACAGGAUGAAAACAAUUCCAGAACUGCUUCUUGUCAGUGUAAAUGCAGUUAUUAAACCACCUGUAGCAGUUCAGUCUUUUCCCAAAAUGGAUAUUUUUGCAUAGGUGGGAGUAUCCAACAGCUUAGUAAAUCUGAUCUGCCUUGCCACCCCAGUACCGCCUCAUUUCAGCUCCCUCACCCCUGUUCCUACAAAUCCCCAACCAAUGGAAUCAAUAUUUUUUUCCUGAUCAUUUCAGGAUUUCUAUAUAUUAAUUUCUUCUUUUUCCUCCCUUUCUCAUAACUUAAAAAAAUCACUAAAAGCUGUGUUUCUUUUAAAAAAAGCAUACCAAUAUGAGAGUCUUUCAGGAGAAAAGAAAAAAUAGGCAGUCUUUGAUUUAUCUGUAGGAAUCCAUCGUUUGCUGAGACUUUUGUUUACUGUGAAUUUGCCAAGUGGCUUAUAGUUCAUGUUGUUUGUAUUAGAAGAGUUAAAAAAUAAUUUUUGUGUUUCCAAAUGUGAAACCUGGAACGACCAGCUGUUACUCAACUGUUUUGUGACAAUUACUGGUUCUGGUAGUGGGUUUAAAGCAUUAUGCAGGUGUCAAAGUUGCAAAUAAGAAAAUAAUGCAAUAUAGUACACAAGUCACCAGAAAUUUUUCAGCAUUUGUGGUUUGCCUUAAACGCCAUCAAUGUUAAUGCUUCUGGAUGAGUUGGACUCCUGCACCCUCAGAUGACUUCAUCACUGCACUGACAAGUCGUAGUGAAAUUGUCUGCAUACACAGCAACCUGGAAAAUGGUGCUAGUCACAAAGGAGUUUACUUCCUUCCAAGUCCUGGUAAGAACAUGGUAGCAUUGGGAGGGUGUUGUUAAGUGCCAUGUUUGGAGUUGGUGUGGUGGUGUGAGCGCUGGUGCGUUCCAGCUGGACAGUACACUUGGUUGUGUUCCAUGAUUGCUGGAAAUCAUGCAAGAGUGGGGAGUUACACAGUGUUCUCAUACAUCAGGAACAGUGAGCGUAGUGCUGUAGUCAUGUUCCACCUUCUUAGUGUUGGAGCAUUCUCAAACAAGUUGUUCUUUCUGGUAUUUAUUUUUCCCUUCAUUUGUUCUUCCAGAUAAUAUGUCGAGUCAUCCUUGGGGAUGAUCUUAUGCUCAUUUACAAGUUGUUGAAACUGGCUGACUUGUUACUACUUAGUCCUUGACUUUUUUUUUUUUUAGCUGCUGUGCUCUCCUGUUUUCUGUUACUGUCCCUUAACUUUGGGGGGUUGUGUCAUGAUGUUUGGUUUAUUGUGGCACAUGUUCCACAGACUGUUUGUUCCAUGUAAUGUUUUCUAAGAAUGCUUGGGAAUGGCUGUUGUAUUCCAGGCUAGAUCAUAGCGUUGCCUUUUUGCAGGGGUGUUAAAAGUUCAAUAAAUGCCUUUGACAGUGUGUUAGCUGUAUCUUCAUACAUAGAGGUGCUGGGAAGUGAUAUACGUGUCAAAUCUGACACAGAUGUAGCGUACCACACGUGUUUGCAUUCUAUACACUUCUGAAUUGUUUUUUGUAUGGACUUAGUCUUCUGCUGAGAUACUGACACCAAGGUGUUUCCUGUAGUUUACCCA